CCACAUCCAGAUAAGCAUCAUCUCUAUUUCUCUUGCAUCCUCUCUCUCACCUUUUGUUCUGUCAAAACUACAAUAACAUUCUUCCAUUGACACCUCUCUCUCCCUCUCUCUCUCUCUCUCUCCUUUCAUGAGUGCGUAAGAGUGUGGAAAUAACAAGGAAACAUAGCAAAUCCAUGGCUGCCAACAAGUUUGCAACCAUGUUGCAUAGAAACACCCACAAAGUCAUCGUCAUUCUAGUCUAUGUAAUCCUUGAAUGGGUCUUGAUAAUCCUCCUCCUCCUCAACUCUUUUUUCAGUUAUUUGAUCACGAAAUUUUCUAAUUACGUUGGCCUUAAACCACCGUGCCUAUGGUGUUCUAGAGUCGAUCACAUCUUGGAGCCUGGCAAGAACACAAACGUUUACAGGGAUCUUAUAUGUGACACUCAUGCCACUGAAAUUUCCAAAUUGAGCUACUGUUUAACUCAUCAAAACUUGGCUGAAUCACAUAAUAUAUGUGAAGACUGCUUGGCCUCUCGGCCAAGUUACAGUGACAGCUCCAUUAGAAGCACAAAGAGAAUUGCUUUUGUUUCGUGGAUGAGUGAGAACCAAAGUACUGAAACUAAUGGUGAAAAGAGUUUCAGGUGUUCAUGCUGCAACGAGAGCUUGAGCUGCAAACCGCAUGCUCCAAAGCCUUCUUGGGAUGCUUUGAGUCAUACCCGGAAAGCCGAUUUGAUCAUAGAAGCAGUGGAUGAUGAUGACAACGAAGGUAAGUACAAAGAACCAAGCAAACCUAAUUCUCCAUCAAAACACUGGGAAAAGGACAAUGAGAUCCAAAAAAACAAGAUGGAAGAAAAUCAUAGUGACAAAGGGAUUGCAGACGAGUAUCAGAUACUUUCUGAUGUUGGAGGUUUUGGCUUCAAAGACGUGGCACAAGAGGAUUGUUCAACGUUCCUGAUUGACUCGACCAAGCAGGAAUCCGAUUAUACCAAUUAUGUUCAUCAAUCUUUUGACACUUGUCAGUGUUUCCCUGGACAAGAUCACUCACUUGAAACCAUCAAUAUGCAUUUAACGAAUUAUAUUGCUUGUGAGUUCAAUCGUCUAAUCCCAGUCGAGUUAAUUGAUUCUUCAACUACAACAAACCAAGGAUCAAGCAAAUUGAAAGAUGAAGAUCUGAGAGAGCAGGAUCAGCAGGAUAGAGCUUCUGAUCCAGAGGUAUGGAUUGAAACACAGCUCAAUGGCUCAACAGAGGCAAUAUUACUCAUGAGAAAGGAGAGUGCAGAGAGGGCAGCUGAAGGACAACGUAAAAGCUUGAAGAUCAAUGAAGGUGAUACUCAGACUUCACAGGUGGUAAAAAGGAAACAAGAUGUAGUCAGUGAGGCAUGUAGCCAAGUUGCUAAUGCUCAACGACCUCUAACUUUAUUCCUCUUAGAAGAAGUAUCAACGAAACAAAAACAACUAGAUGAUCUGCCAGCAUGUGGAGCAGUAAUAGACAGCAUAAAUCUGUUGUCUGAUGAAUGCUCAGCCAAUACCCUGAUAGGCACAGAGGAGUCAGACCAUGCAGCCGAUCGGCCUCAAGCUGAAGAACCAAUUUAUUCAUCGGGAUGCCUAAAAGAAGAUCAGUCUUCCACUAAUGAUAAUGGUGCAGAAUUUUGUAUCGCCCCUGAUUCAUUCAUGCCUCAGGAUGACCUUGGUUCAAAGACCAUGAAGAAAGUUAUCCAGCACGAAAAAACAUUUUUGAUUGAAAAUACUCGAGAGUCAGGAGCUGAAGAAUCUUUCGAUGUAAGAACUGUUGGGACGAUGGAAGGUGGUGAUGCAGCUACUACCACUGAACCUCUGGAAGCAGCACUAAAAGCCGAACGAAAAGUUUUAAAUGCUGUUUAUGCAGAACUAGAAGAAGAGAGGAGUGCAUCUGCAAUAGCUGCUAACCAGACUAUGGCUAUGAUAACCAGGCUUCAAGAAGAGAAAGCAACAAUGCAGAUGGAAGCGUUACAAUAUCAGAGGAUGAUGGAAGAACAAGCUGAAUAUGACCAGGAAGCCUUGCAACUUUUGAAUGAGCUCAUGACCAAGAAAGAGAAGGAGAAGCAAGAACUAGAGAAAGACUUGGACAUGUAUCGCGAGAAGGUCUUAGAUUAUGAGGCAAAAGAGAAGCUGAGAAUGACAAGAAGAAUUAAACAUGGAAGUUUAAGAAGCGGAAACUCUUCAGCUUCAAGAGGAAACUCUUCAGCUUCUUGCAGCAAUGCAGAUGAAAGUGAUAAAUUAUCAAUUGAUCUGAAUCGUGAAGCUAGAGAUGACGGUAGCUAUUCCGGCCAUCAAGAUACCACUCAAAACACUAGUGCUGGCAAUGCAGAUUUGAAUUUGGAGGAAAUGGCACUGGACUGUGUGAGGCAUAUGAGUGCCCUUGACGGAUCAUUGGCAGAGUUCGAGGAAGAGAGGCUGUCCAUUCUAGAUCAGCUCAAAGCACUGGAGGAGAAGCUCAUUACAUUGGCUGAAGAUGGAGGAUUUCUUGAAGACGGGAAAUCCAUUGAGCAUUCCUCGAUGUAUGGUGCCAAAGAGUUUGACGAUCAUGACUUUACUAGUCCGGAAGUAAAUGGGAUUUCAGUGAAUCGUUCCUCAAUGUAUGGUGUAAAAGAGCUUGACAAUCAGGAGUUUACUAGUCCAGAAGAUAAUGGAAUUUCAAAGGAUAAACUUCAUCUAGAGAGAAAAACAAUGAAUUCAAUGGCAAAGAGGCUCCUUCCUCUCUUCAAUGCCACCAAUAACAAAAGUGGAGAAGAGUUGUUAAUCGAAGAAAAAGGCGAAUCCGAAUAUGUCGAAAUGCAAAAAUCCUUGGAAUCCAAUUUUGAACUUGAAGUAAAAAAACUACCCAUUGAAGAUGAGGUGGAUCAUGUUAAUGAGAAGCUGCGAGCUCUCAAAGCAGAUAGGGAGUUUCUAAAGCAUUGCAUGAGCUCCAUAAAGAAGGGAGACAAGGGAGUCGAUAUUGUUGAAGAAGUUUUACAACAUCUUCGCGAUCUGAGGGCUGUUGAAGUUCGUGUGAACAACAUUAGUGACGAUCGUCUAGGGUGUAAUUCCAGUAGACUGCCACAACCCACAAAUGAAAAGAAGAUUGAUAAUUGCUUUCUCUGAGGUGAUCAGCGGUCUGAGUCUGCAGAUGUAAAUUGCUUAACUUCAUACCGAGCACGAGAAAAAUGCUCACCGAAGUCUAUGCUUUUCUAGUGCCACGAAAUCUCUUGAUGGAGAUAGAGUUUCCCGGGAUGGUUCGUUUGGAUUGGUUCACUGUAGAUUUGAAGUCUUCCUCCAUUUUCUUAUUUCUCGUUCGGAAUUUGACCUACUACAAGAAUGCAAAGCGUAAGAUAUUGUGGGAUGUCCUCACUACGAUCUUGAUUGCCUAAGGGACUGGGAAACAUGUAGAGGAGUGUGUCUUCUCUGCCUGACCUCAGUGUGUAGGUCAGGCUGCUUCGUUUCUUUUUUUUUUCUUACUUACAGAAAUGUGGGAGGGGAUCAGAUCCUCAACGAGUGUCGACAUUUUUCUUUCUGAUCUUUUGGACUGUUCAAUUGAUAUGGGUUUUCAGUA